CUUCCAUUUCUCCUCUCUUCCUCUUCAAACACAAAAAAUAAAUAAUAAUAAAAAAAAAUAUCUUUUAACAAUCAAAGAAUGGCAUCUCCUGGACACUACAGGGGAGUAAGGAAGAGACCAUGGGGGCGUUACGCAGCCGAAAUACGUGACCCAUGGAAGAAAACCCGUGUUUGGUUAGGCACUUUUGAUACCCCUGAAGAAGCCGCUUUAGCUUACGACGGCGCCGCCCGUUCUCUCCGUGGUCCUAAAGCCAAAACCAACUUUCCGUCACCAUCUCCUCCUCCCCCAUCUUUGACUCUUGACCUUAACCAUUUUCCUACCCAUCAACAUAUUAGGUGGGUGGCGGCGCCUCCAACUAGACAAAUGCUGGCCGGUAGUGACUUUGAGUUCCUUCGCACUCGUUAUAACAACACUCAUGGUGGCGUGAUGGUGGUGGGUCAUGAUGGCCGUGGGUCCCGUGAAGGUGGUGCGGCGGUUGAAGUUGGCGGUGGUGAUGGGAAUACGGCGGCUGGGAUCUUUGGGAUAGUGAGGCGUGGUUUGGGUAUAGACUUGAAUGAGCCACCACCUAUUUGGAUGUGAAAUGUUGUGUUUAAUUCCUAGGCUAACUUUUUAUCACAACGACGUCGUUUUGUGACCUUUUCUUUUGAAAAAAGUGGAUUUUAGUAUGAGAGACAAUUGGUGUCAAUCAAAAGCUUCUUUUUGUUAAUAUGAAACUUGAUUGAUGAUUUU